AUGGGCUGCAUAGAGUCUUAUAAAGAACGUGAAGAAUUUGAUAUGCCAAACGAAUUUCUAAAAAAAACAGUAUCUAUGUUGAGCAUUUUCUCAAGUGAAGACCAGUUUAAAGAUAUAGAUUUAGAUUAUCCAGAAGAGUUUUGUAUCCCUUCAAAAGAUGCAAAAGAAAAUCAGUAUUUGGACUGUGUGAUAACUUAAAAUAGAUUAUUUUUGGGAAGUAGCAGGCCAUAAGGCAAACUUGUCUCCACAUAGUGAUUACCGCUUGUAACAGGGCCUUUCGACGUGCUACUCCUCCCAGACAGAAGCUUGAAUUCUCAACCGAGAGUCAGAGUGGCUGAGGCAUCAUGCCGUGCCGUGCGUCAACAGUGUUUACUUUACAACCCCUGAAUAGGUUGAAUUCGUAGCCAAAGUGCAACACUUCUAGUAUCGAACUAGUGAUUUUUCCUGCUUGCCAAACGAGCGCCGCCCCGUCUUGCUAGGCUUUUUUCUUUUCAACUCCGACACUCCGCCUACUAACGGGAUAAAAAGUUGACCCAUAUGUGCUCAUGCGGGUAGGUCAGUCGAAGAUUGUAAUCCACCAAAGGAACAACAAAACCAGGAUGGACAUUUUGCACCCUUUUCUCCCUUCCACAGCGUCCUCAAGGCUCCUUUCUGGCUGAAGAUGCUAAGAAAGCAGGUUGGCUUUCCAUAUAAUUUUAUUUAUUGGAUUGUGAGUCAGUUUUGAUAACUGCUUCUUCAUUUCACAGAAAUGAAAAUGAGCUGGCGUUUUUAAUAUCCUUGCCGCAUUUACAGAAAUAA